AUCGAUCUAUCUACUAUCUGUCGCGCCCCUCCUCUCACUCCUUCUUCUGUGAUUAAGGAACUCCGCUGUCUAUUAUACGGUACAUGCGCGCUGGUUAGCAGAGUGUACUCGUUCUUUUCUUGUUAUCGGUCAUUUAUUCGCCCGCGCUUCACAAUGGAUGUUCCUGAGCCCGAACAGACCCCGUUCACUGCGGUGACGGCGCAGACUUCGAAGAUCACCAGGAAAUACCAAGCCUGCCUCGAUGCUUCCACCCCGUUCACCACCUACCGUUGGGUAGGCACCGUCGUUCUCCUUCUCGUCUUCUUCUUGCGGAUCGUCCUGGUCCAGGGAUGGUAUAUUGUGGCGUACACGCUCGGUAUCUACCUCCUCAACCUGUUCCUCCUCUUCCUCCAGCCCAAGUUCGAUCCCUCCCUCACACACGACGAGGGCCUCGAAGACGGCGACGCCGCGGCCAGCCUGCCCACGAAGCAGGAUGAGGAGUUCCGGCCCUUCAUUCGCCGCCUGCCUGAGUUCAAGUUCUGGCACUCGGCUACCAGGGCCAUCGCCAUCGCUUUCCUGUGCUCGUGGUUCGCUUUCUUCGAUAUCCCCGUUUUCUGGCCUGUUCUGGUCAUGUACUGGAUUAUCCUUUUCGUCUUGACCAUGCGCCGCCAGAUCCAGCACAUGAUCAAGUACCGCUACGUGCCCUUCUCGUUCGGCAAGACGCGGUACGGUCAGGCAUAAUGGUCGACUGGAUCUAUUUCUCUUUUCCAGCCGUCCUUUCCUUCCAACCAACCGACCUAUUCUUGAAUUCUUAUACCUGGUAAAACCAUACCUUGUACGACUCGCCACGCUGUCCAUUUCGAUUCUCCUCGCCCACCCGCUCACCCGCCCCACCCAAAUGACGGAUCGCAAAUGGCUGGGGACUGACUGACCGGUGGAGUCGAGGAAGGAACUUAACCAAACUCUAGACGCUUCUAAUUACUGAUGAAUCGUGUACUCAACAUCCCAUCUAUCUCAUGAACACUACUUUAUUUAUCUAUGUACAGAACCUUUUAGUCCUGCCUUAUUUUAUUUUCUGUUUUUCUCAUAUCAUAUCAUAUCUUAUAUCUUAAUGUUGGUUGGUUCUUCGCUGUUCUGAGGAGAGCGGUCAUGUGUUGUUGUAUUACACAUAUAUUUGUUUCAG